AGGAAAAACCAUAUUGUAACAAUUGUAUUGUUUGCUAGGCGUGAUACAUUCAACCACCUGACAACCUGGCUCGAGGACGCUCGUCAACAUUCCAACUCCAAUAUGGUCAUCAUGUUAAUUGGUAACAAAAGUGACUUGGAGGCCAGAAGAGAUGUAAAGAAAGAAGAAGGUGAAGCGUUUGCCAGAGAACACGGCCUUAUCUUCAUGGAGACUUCCGCUAAAACAGCAGCAAAUGUAGAAGAGGCUUUUAUAAAUACAGCCAAAGAAAUUUAUCAAAAGAUUCAAGAUGGUGUGUUUGAUAUAAAUAAUGAGGCUAAUGGUAUAAAGAUUGGACCUCAGCAUUCCCCCAGCCCUAGCUUGCCCUCCUCGUCAGGUGGUGGAUCACAAGGGAGCGGAUGUUGUUAAAACAAGGAAAUCCCUCCUAGUGGGAAGGGGAGGCAACCAAGGAAACUCAAAUUCUGUUGGCAUUUGGGAAUAUUCUGAUCACAUUUUAACACAGUAGAAAAAUAUUUACAGGAAAAGUUAUUAUGGUUUUUUUUUGUUUGUUUGAAAUCCAAGUUUUUGAUAUUAUUUUUAUCUAAUGGAUAAAAAAAAAAUAUACUGCUGUUAAAGAAACAUAAUAUCAAUUUAUUUAAAAUAUACAUGUAUAUAACAUUUGACUUAGCAUCUUCUCCAAUAUUUCUCUUUUUUAUGGUUAUGUUUUUACUUAACAUUUGAUUCUUUGUACCUACAUGUAUGAUAAAUUUAUUUCAUUUCCAUAGGUAUUGAGAAAAAUAUUAUUCUAUCAUGACCUAACAUUUAAAGUGUUACAAUAUUCCUUUUCAAUAUAAAAUUUCAGAAACCAAGUAGGGUAGAAUUAAAUAUGAGUAUGGUAGAAUGGUGUAUGUGUUUAAUUUCACCUGUCAGAAAAGGUGAAUUGAGUGUGGUUAAUGUGUGUUAAAGAUGUUUUAUUUAUGGUUGUAAAAUGUGGUUUUUGUACAUAGAUUUUAUUUCAUAGUCAUCUAUAUAUGUGUUUAUCUCUUUUUAUACGCCCGUCUUAAGACGGGACGUAUUAUGUUAUAGGCUUCGUGUCCGUCCGUCCGUCUGUCCGUCCGUCCGUCUGUCCAUUCGUGUCCGGCUCAUAACUUCAAUACUAUUAGGCCUAGGAUUAUCAAACUUUGUCAACUGAUACUUCUUGGGUAGACGGUGUGUCGCGCACCAAAAUUAGGUCGCUCUGACCUUUAAUAAAGAUGCUAUGGCCAAAUAUGGAAAAAUCCUGUCCGGCUCAUAACUAGAAAACUAUUAGACCUAGAGCUAUCAAACUUGGCAAAAGUAUACAUCUUAGGUAGAAGGUGUGUCGCGACCUAUUUCAAGGUCACUGUGACCUUUAAUUUUAGUGAAAUUUUUUAAAAAUUUAAGUUUUUUAAAUUUUAAAUUUUGUAAUCCUAAAAAUGUAAAAAAUAGAGUUGUAUCCUUAUUAAAAAGUAUUAAAUCAAGUAAAAACUUAUUUUUUCAUCAUAUACUUUACAGCAACCUUAAACAAAUUUCAGUGUUAAUGAGAGGAAUUCAGUUUGUCCCAUGGGCAUAAUUAUCAAGCACUGGUCAGGAAGAAUUUUGAUAGCAGAAAGUUGCAUGUCAAAUUAGAGAGAAAUUAAUGAGUUUAGUGUGAGGAGGUUUGGUGUUAUCCCUUGGGUAUUGGGCAAAUGGACAGCCAG